UUCGCCCAGGCGCCAGCCUGCGCGGCUCUUCGCUGAUGGAUGCUGAGCGUCGUUUCGUCGCCAGUGCCGAUUCGGCCUGCUCCUCCGACUCGGCCUCUUCCCUCGCACCCUGCUCGGAACUAUGCGGAGAAAGUCCAGGAUCCUGCUAUGCUUUGCCUUCCUCUGGGUGCUGGGGAUCGCCUACUACAUUUAUCUGGGCAACGGAACAAGCCGGAAGGAUGAGUGGAAUGCUUUGGAUCCAAAUAAGAGAAAGGACGGUCAGAAUGGUAAUGCAGAAGGAAAAACAAAGAACGUGGAGACAUUACCGCCUGGGAAAGUUAAAUGGAAAGACUUCGAUCAGGAGGCUUAUAUCGAGGCUACUUUAGUAAAGACGGGGCAGGAUCCAUAUGCGCGGAAUAAAUUUAAUCAGCUGGAGAGUGACAAGCUGAAGAUGGAUAGAAAUAUUCCAGACACCAGACACGAUCAGUGUCGGCGGAAGCAGUGGAGAACUGACUUGAUAGCAACGAGCGUAAUCAUCACCUUUCAUAAUGAAGCAAGAUCAGCAUUGCUACGCACUGUUGUCAGUGUGCUUAGAAAAAGUCCUCCAUAUCUUAUCAAAGAAAUCAUUUUGGUUGACGAUUACAGUGACAACCCUGAAGACGGCACUUUGCUAUCGAAGAUUGAGAAGGUCCGAAUUCUUCGAAACAACCGACGUGAGGGGCUAAUGCGUUCACGUGUCAGGGGAGCUGAUGCAGCACAAGCAGGCAUACUAACAUUUCUCGACAGCCAUUGCGAAUGCAAUGAACACUGGUUGGAACCACUUCUGGAGAGGGUAGUUGAGGAUAAGACCAGAGUGGUUUCACCAAUAAUUGAUGUUAUCAACAUGGACAACUUUCAGUAUGUGGGGGCAUCUGCUGAUCUAAAAGGCGGAUUUGACUGGAAUCUGGUCUUCAAAUGGGAUUAUAUGACUCCAGAGCAAAGACGAGCUCGUCAGGGCAAUCCCAUCGGCCCCAUUAGAACGCCCAUGAUAGCUGGAGGCCUCUUUGUGAUGGAUAAGAGUUACUUUGAAGAACUUGGAAAAUACGACAUGAUGAUGGAUGUCUGGGGUGGUGAGAACUUGGAGAUUUCUUUUCGGGUAUGGCAGUGCGGAGGAACACUUGAAAUCAUUCCCUGCAGUCGGGUUGGCCAUGUAUUCCGCAAGCAACAUCCCUAUACUUUUCCAGGAGGCAGCGGCACUGUUUUUGCAAGAAAUACACGCAGGGCAGCUGAGGUCUGGAUGGAUGAAUUCAAGAAUUUCUAUUAUGCGGCAGUGCCUUCAGCUCGCAACGUACCGUUUGGCAAUAUACAAAGCAGAUUGGAACUGAAGAAGAAGUUGGGCUGUAAACCAUUCAAGUGGUACCUGGAAAAUGUCUAUCCUGAGCUAAGGGUCCCUGAUCAUCAAGAUAUCGCCUUCGGAGCUUUGCAGCAAGGUUCCAAUUGCUUGGAUACAUUGGGUCACUUUGCAGAUGGUGUUGUAGGUGUCUACGAAUGUCACAAUGCAGGAGGAAAUCAGGAAUGGGCACUAACAAAGGACAAGUCAGUGAAACACAUGGAUUUGUGCCUUACUGUGGUGGACCGGGCAGCUGGUUCUCUCAUAAAGCUGCAGGGCUGCAGAGACAAUGACAGCCGACAGAAGUGGGAGCAAAUUGAGAACAACUCCAAACUGAGGCAUGUCGGCAGCAACUUGUGUCUUGACAGUCGGAAUACCAAAAGUGGAGGACUCACUGUAGAAAUCUGCAGUCCAUCCCUUUCACAACAGUGGAAGUUCACACUUAAUUUGCAGCAGUAACACAUCUGCAUUUUGGAACUUACAAAUGUGGACAAUAUUUAAAUUGGUAAAUCAAGUUUGCAUUCAACCAUAUACCUCGAUUUUUGAAAAAAAAGUUCCAUUUUCCAUCUUAUCUUGAAUUACUGUAUCGAGUUUUUAAACUGGUGGAUUACUAUUUCUAUAUUUCUUUCUCAUGUAACUAAAUUCCAUCACCUUUUGAAUUACAAUAGGACGGUACACAGAAUUCCAUCCCCACAAGAUCCAUUUCAGUUCUUCUGAUGAGGAAAUUUCCAAAAUAAGGAUUUCUGUUUUAUAGGAAAUGGCCUGCAGUAAUCACAAAAGCUGCUUAUCAGCAAGCACAUCAAACAUCCAAGUAUUUACAAUUGGUGGUGUCUGGUCUUGCAGUGCUUCAGAAUUCACAUGUUGUUCAGUAUUCUUACUCUUUUCUAUUGACCUUUCAUUCAGAUCUAAAACUAUUGUGUUUAAUUUUCUGAUGUUUGUUUUUGUUGUGGAAUAUGCAGACUCCAGAUCUCAGUGUGGAAUUGUUUUGAUAACCCAGUGAGUAUUGCUUAAAGAGACAAAUAGUCAGAUAUAGGGAAAUGGGGCAGUAUCAAAGAAAUCCAGAGCCGGAGGCAGUUGCUGUGCGUCAAUUUUGGUUCUCUUUAUUACAUGAGUCUCAGCACUUUUCUUAUUUCUUUGUAUGCUUAGGUUAGGAUGGGUGUGAGUUAUAACUUUCAGUUGCGAGGCACAAACAUGGCUAAGUGUUAAUGGAUGUCAUCAAAGCCUGUUGAUAAUUCAAAUGUAUUUUAUAUUUAUUAUGUAAGCAGCUAUGUGACUUAACUGUUAUAUUACCAAGAUCGUUCCUUCUGUUUGAUUCUAGUCUGCAUUUGCUUGAAACCAUCCAAGAAUUCACUCACUGGCUUCUGCUGUAUUGACUUUUUCAAAGUGGAAUUUGAUUGGUGCCUUGUUUAUUCCGGGUUAGGUGAUUAUAUCUUCAGCAGUGAUGGUACUUUAUAUUUUGUUUUAUCUCAUGUUCAAAGGCUUAAGAGGAAU